GUUCAACAGAAUUUAUGUUCAGAAAUGGGUUUUGAUUUGAAGAUUGAGAAAUGUAUUCCAGAUGGAUUCUAAUCUUUAUUGUCUUCAUUAAGGAAAUCUUCCAUGUAUCUGUUCAAGAAACAAGAGUGAGUUUAGAAAUACCUAGUGAAUCAUCGACAUGGAGCCAGGCUGUGACCAUUCAAAGCAGUGCUUGUUCUGUUUUCGGUGGAGAUGUCCUGCAAAAUAUAAGUGACGCACGCGCAUCAGUCCAUUCCACAGAACUAAACCGCCCAGCCUGGGUCGGUGCAUAUGUUUGCUACACACCAUGGAUAAAAAUCAUAGGAUGUAGACUAGUAAAACCAAGUGAUCUGCAGACAGUUUCCAGAGCAGUACAUCAAAAUGAUCAAGAUAACAGCGUGGUAUCAUGUGAAAGUAAAUGCCAGACUUUGUUUGCUCUAAGUGAGUUUCACUGUUUCUGUCUGUCCAAUUUUCCUGUUUCCACGGGGAACUGUAUUCCAACAUAUUGCCCUGGAAACCUGAAUGAUUUCUGUGGUAGCAAUGGUGACAACUAUCUGAGCAAUGGAGUAACUGACGUCAUGAUUUAUGAAACAGAUGCUAGCACCCCACCUAACACAACAGGAGCGGAAGAAUGCCUUGUCGUGGAGUACACACGGGAUGUUGUAUUGGGUGCUUACAAUAAAAUAGUCCGAGGCUUCCAGAACCCAAACGAUAUGUCAUGCAGUACGGAGAAUGGCUUCAUCUGUAAACUAGAGGGGGCGGUUAUCGUUGACCUGUCCAGGCAGCACUAUAAUCGCCCUACACGGACAUGGAACGACGCUGUUCGCCAGUGUUAUAAACAGAAUGGGUACCAAAUCUCCACGGAUGUCGACAGCGUUGUGCAGAACAACAGUGAACUAAGUUACUUUGAAAAAGCUUGGAUAGGGGCAUUUCGCAGACACCAUGGGUUCACUGUAUCAACAAAAGCAGAUAGCUCAUCGAAUAUUCACUGUGUGGCUGCUACUGUUGAUGUUUCUGGAAGAAUAACUUUGAGUUACCGUAACUGUAACGACAAACUCCCAGUUUGGUGUAUAGAGUCCAAUCAAUCUUCUGCAAUACCCGUUACCUCUCUCAUCACGACGGAGACUACAUCAUCAUUAAUAUCAUCAAAAUCGACGUCAUAUUCAAAACUGCUAACUACUGAAUCGAACUCAGCCAGUAUUAAUACUGCAAUAGUUGGAGCAACCAGUGAUGAGGAUUUGGUCAUCACCACAAGCAUUUUGGCCACGUUACUUGGUUUAGGGAUUCUUAUUACAAUUGCUAUCUUCCUAAGGAAAGUUUACAUCAAAGCAAUAGAAAAAAAGAAUGGACGAUCUUACCGACCAUCUAUGUCAAAUCGAAAGGUGAAACAUGAUCACUUACAUUACGAACAACAACUUUCAGCAAUAGACGAUGAACCAGUUUAUUCUGUUAUAUUUGACAAAAACUUAGAGGCACCAAGAUAUUCAGAGGUGGUAGAGAGUGACAUUUUGAGAGCAAAGAGGUCAAAUGAUUCUCCAUAUGCGUAUGUUAACACACGAAAUUUGAGCGAAUCAUCUACCACAGAAACCCAACAAAGACGUUCGGGCUAUUUUGAAAUGCGCCCAAAGAAAAAAUCUAGCAACCAUAUCGAACUGUCCUGGUUGAAAUUCCUUGAAAGGGAACAAGAAAGGCUGAACAGGAUGUCUGUUGGAAGGUUAUCAACGACGACUGAACGCCAGAGUUACGUUGAUAUGUCACUAGAGAAUCCAACUCUUAGAAAAAGUCAAGCUAGCAUGAGAACGUUAAUGGUCGAUUUAUCAAAUAGAAACAGUGAAACUGGUAUAGAAAAGUCAUCAAAUAAAGCAUCAUCCAGAAAAAGUACUGAUUACAUAGAGAUACCACCAGAUAUUUCACUAUCUACGAAAAAACAAACUUAUAAUGAAAUAUUAUUAGACAUAUUACCCAGAAAGAGCGUGGGUUAUACAGAUAUGUCAUUCGACAAUGUAGGUUUUUCAGCAAUGAAAUCAAAAGGUCAUUCAAAUAUUUCACUAGAUGAUCUACCGGAAAGGCAAAAUCAAGGUUAUUCAAGCAUUGUGAUGUCAUCAGAAGAAGCAUCACAUUCAGAAAGGCUGCAUGGUACAGAGGAGGUCACUUCAAAACAGCUUCCGGUUGAACAAGGAGAGAAUUGUAAAGAUUAUACAUAAGACGAUACAGAAUCAAAAUUAAUGGAUUUUGUAGGGAUCCUACAUGUAUCUUAAGAAAUACAAAAUAACAAAUUUUUGAUGGUUCAUAACAAAUGAAGAAUGCAACAAAGCAAUAUUAUGUGGAUGAACCACGUAGAAUUGUACAGAAGGCUUCAAAGAAGGUCACUCAUGGCGAUGUGCUAUUGCCAAUUAUUAUAGAAGAAAAAAUAGAUUGUCAGUGAUGGGAAAAUUUUUGCAUAAUAUUAUAAUAAAAUAAUAGACAUGUCAAUCACUUUAUCAUGUAUUUAAAGAAGAAUACACUAGUUUGAAGAAUAAAGAAAAAAUAUUUGAUAUUUUAUCUGAUUGUCCUAAAUUUAUCAUUGUUGAUUGAAAGAUGAAGAAUAAUGCUUGUGCUCAAUGUUUAAACGAUA